UCCCUUUGUUCCUGCUCCUGGUUGGCUUUACAUUAGCAUUUAUAGCCAAGCCAAGCUAGAUCAAAGACAAAGUGUGUUGCUUAACGUUAACAUGUUCCACUAAAACAGAAAAAUUAAGAGAGAAAGCUGAAAAUUAAUUUGAUGGCGUGUACCAAAGCGACCUUCACCUUUUCACAGUACUGUAGCGACAGGUGCAGCAGCAGCAGCAGAAGAAGAAGAGCCUCUGCUGUUUCAUUCUUCAACGGCAAUUCGGUCAUGAGGCUCUCCUCUCAUCGCGGCGCCUUGCUUACGAACAAUGUUUUGGAGACGUCCAAGUCUAAGGACAAGAGCAGCAGCAACAAUAAUAUUAUAUUGGUGAGCGAGAAACUUGGUGAAGCAGGGCUUAAAGUGCUACGCGAAUGGGGCGACGUUGAAUGCGCGUAUGAUCUCUCACCCGAGGAGCUCUGCUCAAAGAUCUCAUGUUGCGACGCUUUAAUCGUGAGGAGCGCCACCAAGGUCACAAGAGAGGUCUUCCAAGCUUCCAAAGGAAGAUUAAAGGUUGUGGGAAGAGCUGGUGUAGGCAUUGACAACGUGGACCUCCAGGCUGCCACCGAGUUUGGUUGCAUCGUCGUCAACGCACCCACCUCCAACACUGUCGCUGCUGCAGAGCUUGCCAUCGCGCACCUUGCUGCCAUGGCAAGAAACGUUGCCAGGGCUGAUGCCUCCAUGAAAGCUUCCAAGUGGGAGAGAAACAAGUACGUUGGUGUUUCUAUGGUUGGGAAGACAGUGGCGAUAAUGGGAUUUGGAAAAGUGGGAUAUGAAGUGGCGCGGCGUGCAAAAGCAGCGUUGGGAAUGAACGUGGUUGCGCAUGAUCCCUAUGCCUCUGCGGACAGAGCGAGUGCUAUUGGGGUCCAUCUUGUGUCCUUCGAUGAGGCCAUCUCCAACGCGGAUUUCAUCUCUCUCCACAUGCCACUCAUUCCUUCCACCCACAAGAUAUUCAACCACACUAGUUUCGCAAAGAUGAAGAGAGGAGCGCGCAUCAUCAACGUCGCGAGAGGCGGAGUGAUCGACGAAGAUGACUUGGUAAGAGCCCUGGACGAUGGAACAGUUGCUGAGGCAGCACUUGAUGUGUUCACGGAGGAGCCCCCGGCCAAAGAUAGUAAGUUAGUGAAGCACGAGAAAGUGACGGUAACACCUCACCUUGGAGGAAGCACAAAAGAGGCACAGGAGGGUGUGGCCAUUGAAAUAGCAGAGGCUGUAAUGGGAGCAUUGAAGGGGGAGCUUUCAGCCAGAGCGGUGAAUGCUCCAGCGGUUCCAACCGAGCUGGUCGCAGAACUGGCUCCAUAUGUCGUGCUGGCAGAGAAGCUGGGGCGGGUAGCUGUGCAGUUGGUAUCAGAAUCAAGAGAUGUGAAGGUGGUUUAUCGAUCAGCUGAUUUGGACACUAGACUUUUGCGAGCCAUGAUCAUAAAAGGCCUCAUUGAACCCACGUCCAAUUCAGCCAUCAACUUGGUAAAUGCUGACUUCAUUGCCAAGGAGAAGGGGGUUCGCAUAAGCGAGGAAAUAAUAGCUGGCGUGGAACUAAUUGAUUCAAUCCAGCUACAGAUAUCAAAUGUAAUUAGCAUAGAGGGAAAAGUCAAGUACGGUAGCCCCCACCUCACACGUGUGGGCUCCUUUGAUGUCGAUGUGAGCUUAGAGGGGAACCUUAUACUGUACCGGCAGGUGGAUCAGCCAGGUAUGAUUGGGCGCGUUGGAACUAUACUGGGUCAGCACAACAUCAAUGUUAGCUUUAUGAGUUUGGGAAGGACAUGUCGGAGAAAGAUGGCUAUUGUGGCUAUUGGUGUCGAUGAAGAACCAAGCAAGGAAGCUCUUCAACAUAUAGGAUCGCUUCCUGCUAUCCAAGACUUUGUCUUUCUCAAACUCUAGCUAGCCUUCCAACCAUCAUUAUAUGCCGUACGUACGACUCAAAUUAAAUAAAUAAACGGCUAGCUCAAGGUUUCUAUUUGCUUAAUAAAUUCUUGUCUUUUGUUAUUAUUCUCGUUGCACUCGCACAGUUACUUCCCUGCUUAUUGUUUUAGGAAUACAAUAUAAUUCUAUAUAUUUGAGUUU